AUGUCUUGUAUUUCAGGACAAAGACUCAGCACUUUUGCCGCAAUGAGUACAACGUGUCGGGUCUGUGCAGUCGGACGGCGUGUCCGUUGGCUAACAUUUGCCGACAGUUGUGGACACGUGUUAGCGAUGUCUGUCAUUCACGUCAAAGACAUGGAAGAGUUUAAUAAACUCUUAAUCAGAGACACUUUAAUUGUGACCCACUUUAUGGCCGAAUGGGCGGAACAGUGUCUUCAGAUCAAUGAUGUCUUCACCGAAUUGUCGACAAACAAAGACUACGCGAAUGUCAUAUUUGCCAAAGUGAUCGCCGAAGACAUUCCCGAGUUGUCGAAGAAGAUGAAUGUAACAUCAGUUCCCACUUGUAUUUUGUUCUCCAAAGCAAAACAAUUAUCUCGAAUAGAAGGCGCAGACGUACCACAACUCACAGCACAAGUCAAACAACUGGCCUUCAAAUUGGGAUCAAAUACCGGCAUCACUUCCAGCGCUUCCGACAACAAUAUAGACGUGCGGCUAAAGGCGCUGAUCAAUAGGUCACCGGUGAUGGUGUUUAUGAAGGGCUCGCCGGACGCCCCGCGCUGUGGAUUCAGCCGUACUUUGAUCUCAAUUCUGAACGAAGCGAACAUUAAAUUCGAUACUUUCGACAUAUUGUCCGACGAAGAGGUUCGCCAGUCUCUGAAGGUGUUGUCCAAUUGGCCCACUUAUCCACAGGUCUAUGCAAAGGGACAACUCGUCGGAGGACUUGAUAUCAUUAAAGAACUGAAAGAGUCGGGAGAACUGGAAGAAUCACUCAACGCUUGA